AACAACCAUUAAGUUGUAACAUGUACUAAACAUAAUUAACAUGACAUGUAUGUAAAUUAUACACAAGUAUAUUAAAAAAAUAUAAUUUGCAUUCCAUUCUUGAUUCGUGUGUGUGAGCAUAUGUCACAGAGUUUUCUUCGGGAUUAAGAAAUUUUUCUUACCGAAAUUUACGUUUACAAUAUGAGAUAGAAUAGACGUAAGAUCAAUAUGGAAAUGGCACGUGCGGAUAUACAUGUACAUGUUAGCCCACCGGCGGCAGGACGAAAACUGAGUAAUACUGUGUGUAUAUGCUAUUGGUAUUAAGAUUUCAUAGAGGGAAACUGCAGCUAAUUCCUUAACUGACGUUCACAGAUACAUAUCUGAUAAAAUUGGAUAUUACAAUAGCGGAUAAUACGAUAGGAAGUAAUAUUUUGACAUACAUAUGCACAACGAAAAGCAUGUACGCAUUGAAUUAUGUGACAAACAGUUGACAUUGCAACGUCGAAUAACUUAUUAAGAAUUCAAAGAACUUACUUCUGCAUAUAUCCGUUUUCCUCUUAUCCCGCUAUCUCUCUAUAUAUAAUAGUACAUCAUCUUUCUAGUACAACUCUCUAAUAAGACAUGAAUACCAAAAUAUUUCCGCAUUUCAAUUCAUGAAGAUAUUACGUGGGGUAUUAUUUCGUGAGAUAUUAUUUCGCAAGUUGAGUGUAUGAAUUACAAUAACAACAAAAAUACAUACGAAGGAUAUGUAAUGAACAGUAUCAUUAUCGGAAAGUCUCAAGAUAGUUUAUAGACAUUCUUGGUCUUUCUUUCUCUUUCAAAAUCGGCUUAUUCAUUUUCAUUUGAGAUGCGACGAACUUUGAGACAAUGCUUGUAAUACUUAUAUAAAGAGCCUAAAUUAAUUUAAAAGUGAAAAGUUGGAUAUAAACAGGCUCAAAUGCUGGAAUUUACCCUCCUAGUCUGCGUACUGACUGGAUGCUGGCAACCCAAAUUAUGGACAUCGUUAUAUCAACAUAUAAUUUAUAAAUCAUAUGCAUUUUUUAUUGUCUCUUCAUUAUAUACAUUUUCGAUAUCUCAAUUUAUGACCAUCGUGCUGAACGUUGAAAACUCUGACGAGUUCAUCGAUUCUUUAUACAUGAUGUUGACCGUAUUAGUCGCAGGCUAUAAACAAGUUUAUAUGUGGGUAGAUCGCAAAAAUAUUAUGGUAAUGAUCAACGUUUUUAAAGAAAAACCUUUUGCGGCGGUAGAUGCACACGAAUUUGAGAUCCAAAAAAAAUUUGAGAAAAUGGUACAGAAUAACACAUUACGAUACUUGAUUCUCGUUAUAACGGCAGUAAUAUCAACGAUUUUGAUGUCUGUUUUUACGGCAUAUGCAAGUGGAAAUUUGACAUACAAGGCAUGGAUGCCGUUCAAUUAUUCGCAUCCUGUUUUAUAUAUUUGUGUUUACUGUUAUCAAUUGGUAGGCAUGGCGUCCUCCGGUAUAGUAAACGUCGCUUGCGAGAGCGUAAUAUGCGGUCUUUUAUUACACAUCUGUUGUCAGCUUGAAAUUUUGGAACAUCGAUUGUCAAAAAUGACAGAAGAUGAAAGAACGCUGGGUGACUGUGUUCAUCAUCACAACCUUAUCUUUGAAUACGCAUAUACAGUGAAUAAUAUGUUCGCAAAAAUAAUUGGUCUCCAGUUUGCGGUGAGCAUGUUGGUAAUAUGCUCGAAUUUAUAUCGAAUAGCAAUGACCAUGGAUUUUGUGAUCAUUAUUUCACUGAUAAUGUAUACAGGUGCCAUAUUGACACAAAUUUUCAUCUAUUGCUGGUUUGGAAACGAAGUCAAAGUGAAAAGUCUUCAGUUCGCGAGUAAGAUUUAUGAUAUAAAGUGGCCAGCGCUUAGCAAUAGCUGCAAGAAAGGUCUUAUAAUAAUCAUGAAGCGUGCAACAAUUCCUAUUGAAUUUAGUAGCGCAUAUAUAGUUACAAUGAAUCUCGAGUCAUUUGUAGCUUUACUUAAGAUGUCAUACUCGGUUUUCAACUUGUUGCGUCAAGCGCAAGAAUAAUAACGUGAUAGAUAAACAGAAUAUGUCAUUUUUACUUAACUAGUUAUAAAAUCACGUACUAUUCAUAUUUAAUACAGGAUCCAUAUUGUAUUAGUAUUGACUAGAUAAUUGUCACGAUACUGAUACAAUUCUUAUGGAAAUUUUCAUGGACCAAAUUUUGGUGUUCAAAAAACUAAUCAACAUUUUAAGGGGAGAAAUAAAAAUUGUAUAAAUUAAAGUACUAUGGUAGUACUUCAAGAAUUUUAUAUUAGUA